AUGGCCGUAGACGGAACUACCUCAGGUUUUCUUCAAUUCUGUUCAUUUGGAACUGUAUGGGAUAGUAACAACAUUGCGUGUGUAUGGCCAUCAUCGACAAUAGUUAAUCCUUGCACUAAUCAAACUUCUGGGAAAAUGAUGAAAUAUUACUCUCACUGUUCGGCAUAUUGGUAUUGUUCUGGUGGUAGUGCGACUUCAAAAUGUUGUCCUCCUGGAGAAAAGUUUCAAGAGGAUCUAGGUUGUAUAUCGGAUGGAACUUCACAGUGUGAAGACGAGUUUUGUAAUGAUUUCAGUACUACAGCUAAUUUAUCUAUGCCAUGUUCACUGCAAAGUUCAGACUGUCCAGCUGGCACAACAUUUGAUGAACUUGGAUGUACAUGUCAGAAAAACAGUGGUGAGUAUAAUAUUAGAGAAGCUUUCUUUUGGUGCGGACUGGAUGUUUGUCAUGCCGGGAUUGACAUUCCGUUUACUGGAAACAAUAUUGAAGAUGUGUCGAUGAACAGGUUCUAUGUAGAGUAUGAUAAAAUAAAUGUUACUGGCGGAACGGCCAUAUUCCAGAACAACCAAAGUCAUAUCAGCAUACCCGGUACUGCUAACAUGCCAAUGGGAACAGACUUGUACAUAUCCAUAACAUUCAAAGUUGGAGACUCUGUUCCCAUCUUACAGGCAGUUCUGGAGAAUAAAAGAUGUGACGGUGCUGAAGAACCUUCCACUUCAAUUACUGUAUUAGACUCAAGUAUCACUGGAUAUGUUGACCUCGAUGUCAAAUUGCUGACUGAGGGAUCGCCUGGGCAAAAUAACGUAAAAUUUACAGUUCCGAAAAAUAUAUGGUUAGAAACGUCAAUACGAUAUGAUGGUCAAACUGUGACAGUUAGUGUGUUCAAGGAAUCCAAUUUAUUACAUCAAACAAGUUGGCAAUCUACUGGUCCAGUAUUAGUGAGAAGAUCACCUAUAGGCUUUGGUAGUUUAUGUUCAGACUAUGCAAAUUUUACUGGUAGUUUAAGACAGUUUUUGCUGUAUAGAUGUGACAUGGUAUAA